GCAAGCGUGUUGUGUGUACAGCUGAAUCUCCAUGCUUAGAAAUCCGCUAGUGAUCAUUGUAAAUUUGUUUAAAAGACAUCAAUAAAACGAGUCAAUGUAACAGGAAGUAUCAUCUUCAACGGACCGUAAACGGUUAUUAGUUGCCAUUCUUGUGACUGCAUCUAUUAGCCACCAUGGGGAUCAAGCGACAGAAACAAGCCAAGAAAACUAUAAGUUUCUACAAAUACAACUUCAGCUUCAGGGAGCCCUUUCAGAUCCUCUUCGACGGGACGUUUUGUCAGGCGGCUUUGAAGAACAAGAUUCAGAUCAAAGAGCAAAUGCCCAAAUACCUGAUGGGAGAGGUGCAGCUGUGCACCACCAACUGUGCACUGAAAGAACUGGAGACUCUGGGAAAAGAGCUGUACGGAGCCAAAAUCAUCCUGCAGAGGUUUCAGGUGAGGAGAUGUCCACAUUUCAAGGACCCUGUCCCGGCUUCAGAGUGUCUGCUGUCCAUGCUGGGGGAGACAAACCCACACCACUACUUUGUUGCUACACAGGACCACACAUUAACUGCCGGCCUGAAGAAGAUCCCUGGCGUUCCUCUGCUCUACAUCAUCCUCAACACCAUGGUGCUGGACAAGCCCAGCCAGGCGUCCCUCGACCACGUGAAGGCCGUCCAGCUGGGUGAGCUGGUCAGCCCGGCCCAGCAGCAGAGUAUCCGCAGCCUGAAAGAGGAGCAGGGCAUCAGCCAGAAGGAUGGAGAGAGGCGGGGAAAGAAGAGGAAGAGGAAACGGAGCAAUCCUAACCCUCUAAGCUGCCUGAAGAAGAGGAAAGGCGGGCCGACACCACCGAAGAAGACGGAGCAGGGGGAGAAGAGGAAAAGAAUUAGACACAAGAAACGAAGGACGGAGGGAGGAGACACGUCUCUUCCUGCGGUUACAAGUACAUAGUCUAGCAGUGGAACAGAGACUUGAGCCAGUUGUUUGUUGCAUAAAUAUUAUUUGAAGAUGUCCAUGACCCCAAU